GUGGGAGGGAGGGGGGAGAGAGAGAGUAAGAGAGAGAGGAAGAGGGAGAGAAAUCGACACUGAUAGAAAGAGAGGAAAAGGCACGAGGAGCGCGCCACAGACAGAUAGAUCGACUGCGAGAAGCGAGAGAAAGAGGAAGAAGUGGAAAAAGAGGAAGAGAUAGAUAGAGAUAGAUAGAUAGAGAGAGAGAGAGAGAGAGAGAGAGAGGGAGAGGGAGAAAGAGAGAGAGACAGGGAAGGAUAAAGACAGACAGACAGACAGAUAACGAGAGGGUGGAAGUGAAAGAUAGAUAGAGAGAGGAAGAGAGAGAGAGAGUAAGAGCGAAAUCAAGAGUGUGAGAGACGGAGAGGGACGAAGAGAGAAAGAGAAACGGUGUCGCAUCGCAAGGUGUUUCGGUAUACGGUGCACGAGACGGAGAAACGUUCGCGAGAAGAUCGCGAGAGGUUCGGAUCGAAGGAAAAACAAGCAAGCAGGCAGGCAGAGAGGCGAAAGACCAAGAGGAGAAAGGGCAAGAAACGCGCGGAUCCAAGAAAAAUCGAGAGAAACGGGCCGAGAAAGGGAAAGAGGGAGAGAGAGAGAGAGAGAGAGAGAGAGAGAAGUAGCGGGAGCACGAGAGAAAGAGAAAGGGAGAAAGAGAGAGAAAGAGAGAGAGAGCGCAAGCAAGGGUGGGCGGACAGUAGUGCACGAGAGCAUCCCGUCGCCACGAUAAUGCGACGUGCAGCUUCUUUGCUCGUUCCUUCUGAAUAAGUGCUUGCUGGGACGGUCCCUUACCUGCAGGGAUAUGACGUAAUGGCAAGAGAGGAGUUACGGAGCAAGAGACCUUUUAAGAUAUGGGACAGCUGGCGUAACGUAAGAAAGGGACUGUGUGUUAGCAAUUUCGAGGAACUGAUACACCAGGGUAAGGAGAAAUUGGGCGUGCCUCAGAACGAGAAUGUCUCCGUAGUUCUGGAAUCGGACGGAACGCAGGUCGAGGACGGCGAAUAUUUUAAAACCCUAGCGAAUAAUACGAUCCUGUUGUUGUUACGGCAUGGUGAACGCUGGUGUCCAACUGGGGUCGACAUCAUACGCGCCGCGAUUUCGGCAAUUCCGAAAAUAGUCUGCGAAACGAUCCACGCCCUGGAGCUACACGAUGAGACGCCGUCGUGGAAGAUCAUGGACAAUAAGGGACGAGUCACGGUGGUUCUGCACUGGGAUCAGCGUUCAUCGACGUCGUCGCAGGCGCAACAACAGCAGAAAGGUCAAGAUGUGCAGGCCUCCAAGUAUUCGCCGACUAAGAAAACCGACCUGAGCGGUAGUCAACGGCCGCCCUUGGUCAUCCAGACCAGCCUGGACAAGCUCAACUAUGCAGGGAAGCUGGGUCACCUGGCGGCAGAAGUUGGUCCUAGCCGCUACACCAGCCCCCAUAUCACUGUGAUAAAUCAUGACGACAUGAAAUCCUCGAAUCUUCGAUCUAUUCAAACGAUUAAAACCGCCGUGGUAACGACAGCAGCAGCAGCAGCAGCAGCCGCAGCUGCGCAGCUGCAGCCGCAGCCUCAGCCGCAGCCUCACGGGAUCCCAGGCCGUCUGGUGAAGCAGGGUACCAACUCGUUCGACAGCACCACCAUCCAUAUCCACACGCCGGAAUGCUCGAACCAUAUUCAUCAGCCGGUAGCGAGGAACGGGAGCCCUGUCAACGGAGCGGACGGCGGUGCCAGCGGAGAAUGCGACUUCCAUUGCUGUGCCCUGCACGAGGAGGGCCGUAGAAUCGCGGUGCACAAGUCGGUGGCUACAUCGCCGAUUCAGGAUGCCCAGCAUCAGCAGUAUCAGCAACAGCAUCAUCAUCCUCAUCCGCAGCAGCAGCAACAACAAACGCAGACUCAAACGCCCUCGCCUCAGCCACCUUCUUCUCUGUCGGACGGGACAAGACGAGCGGGCCUGAGCAAAGGUCACGUGAGAUUCUGCGACACCGCGGACGAGGAGUCGAGCUCCCGACUUGCCGGCAACUCGGCUGCCAGCUUUCAUCUUCAUCAUCAUCACAAUCAUCAUCAGGAGCACGACAGCUCCGAAUCCGAAACCGAGAACACGAUCAUGGAGGACGAGAUCGUGACCUCGGAGAAAUUUUUACUGCUCAUCGAUCAGCUCACCGUAGACCAGAAGCACUUAAGCAUCAAGGAUAUCGGUAUCAUCCUCGAACGGCUCAGCUCGAAGAUCCUCGAUGUCGAGCGGCUCGACCGCGAGAGCGAGAGCGAGGAGUGUUACAACUGGACGAUUAAGGCUAUUAUUAGGGGAGAUGUGUUGCGGGAGCUCGGAGUUAUUUACAAUGGAAAUUAUUACGCGAUCUCGGAGCAUCCUGGAUAUAAGGAGGAAUCCGAGGAGAAUAACGAGGAUAACGAGGAGGAGGAAGAGGAUAGACUUUAAUAUGAUGCUGUUUUACUAGAUAGAUAGAUAGAUAGAUAGAUAGAUAGAUAGAUAGGUAGGUAGGUAGGUAGGUAGAUAAAUAGAUAGAUAGAUAGGUAGAUAGAUAGAUAGAUAGAUAGAUAGAUAGAUAGAUAGAUAGAUAGAUAGAUAGAUUAUACACCUAUUAAUGGUUAUUAUUAAUAUAGUACGUAUCGAGCUGCAGAGAGGGGGAAACGUUUAAAAGGGUGAAGAACGCGAAUGAAAAAUACGGGAAAUAGAGAAAGGUUCAAUCGGCGGAGGGUCGAACGCACGAACAUUCUCAGAUUUUUUGAUAGAAAAUCGGAGGUGGGUGGGAAGGCCGGGGAUGGCGGUAAACGAGCGGCAAAACGUGAUUUUUUUCAAAAUGUUUUCAUAAUAAAACGAAGGUCGCGUUAUAAUAAAAAAAAAAAAAAAUCGUACGAUACCUUGUAAACUUAGUUCUAAAAACGGUUGUUGAAAUAUGUACUUAUUAAAUAGUAUAUAUACUUGUAGGAAACAUUUUUGGGAUUACGGACGUUGAUUCCGUAACCGUCCACAACACUGCCCUAUCUAAAAAAUAAAAAAAA